AUGGCACGAUCUAACAAAAGAAUUCAAAUUAUUAUCUUAAUUAUAAUAAUUUAUAUAUUAUCAUCAUAUUAUUUCUUCGUUCAUUUUUAUAAAAACUAUAUCGUAUGGAUACCAUUUUUAUCAUCAAAUUUAACUCAACAUCGUCAAAAUAAUCGAAUUCAUACUGUUUCUUCCUCUUCGAUUACAUAUUCACUUGAUAGUGAAUGUAAAUUUGAUCCAAAUGAUGCAUUAUCUCAAAAUCGUUCAAGAGAAUUCGAUAUUAUUUUUGAAACUGGACGAUGGGCUGGAGGUUAUAGUCGAUCAGGUCUUGGUUCAACAGUAGAAGGUGCUUAUGGUUGGAUAAACGAAUUACGAACAUUCUUUAAACAUUAUUCAAUACAAUCAAUAGCUGAUAUACCAUGUGGUGAUACAACUUGGCAAUUUAGUCUCCAACAUAUUAAUACUAUUGAACAACUUUAUUUUGGUGGUGAUAUAUCAACAAAAUUGAUUGAAUAUAAUCAAAAAUUGUAUGCAUCAAGACAUUCUAAUAAAUUAUUUCAAUAUUGGGAUCUUGUCAAUUGUCCAAUACCAACAUAUACAUAUGAAAGUUCUAUAUGUGAAACGAAAGGUAAUCGAUUUGAUUUGAUUAUUGUUCGAGAUGCACUUCAACAUAUGAAUAUUCGAAAUGGUUUGAAAGCUGUACGAAAUGUAAUCAUGUCAGGAGCAAAAUAUUUUGCUGUAAGUACUUAUCCAGCAAAUAAACAAUCUUCAGCAACAAAUACUCGUUCAAUAGAAAAAAAUGAACCAUUACCAUCAAUGCCAGUUGAAUGUUCAUAUAUGAAAUAUUGUACACUUGGUAAUAUUCCAGAUGGAGAUUUUUAUAGAAAUAAUAUAAAUUGUGAUCCAUUUAAUUUUCCAUUAAAUAAAGCAAUACUUGUACAACCAUCUCAUCAAAAAUUUUAUACGGAAAUGGAAAAUGAUGAAAUACAUAUAUAUAAAAUUGAUGAUGAAUUAAAACAAAUUGUUAAACAAUAUGAUGAAGCUUGUAUAGAAGGUGAUCAACAAAUUUAA